CAACACGCGUGCUUUGAGAUCGGAGGCAGAGGAGCAAUAGGUUCUUGGAGCGUAGCGAUUCCAUCAUGCGUUUGUGCCGUUCAAACAGAUGGACGGUGGAGAUGCCAGCGAUCAGCUCAACGUCUCGGCCUCCCCGGUGGACCAAACCCAGAAGGGCAAGAUGGAGGCCGAGGCCACCUCUUCCACCGCUCCGGCGAGGCUGAGGCGCCCCCGCGUGCCGGCCACGGACGAGGACCAGGUCCGCGUGAAGCGGCGGGCCCUCGAGGUGGUACUCGAGAACUGCAAAAGAGCGAUGGAAUUGUUGGAGAACGCGGCCCCUGAUUGCGAUCCCAACGACGAGGGCGAAGCACGGGAGGCGGCGGUAGCGGCUGGUGAGGUGGAGGGAUCGCCACCGCGAUCUCAAUCUGCAGCAGAUCCCGAUGCCAAUGCCUAUGCCUAUGCCGAUGACGAUGAGCUAUGUGCACUUCUCAAGUUGAAAGUUGAAUCACCAGACUUCCUUGAAAAGCUUGGAAGCAUCCAGACAUCUGUUUGCAAUAAUGUUCAUGCAGAUGAUGAUUCAUCUUGGGAUGUGAUUACCGCCGCAGACUUGCGGGAAGAUAGGCCUGUUGAUGAAGGGAACGACUCAGACCAAGAUGAUUAUGUUCUUGUCAGGCAAGAGGACAUUGUGGAUGGCAUAGCAUCCUUCAUGGCUGCCUACCUACUAGCACUAAAGCAAACUAAAGAUUUUAUUUUGCAGGAAUUAACUCCAAAUCAGCUUCAAGAUGCCCUAUGCAAAACAUUUUCUGGAAAGAAGAAGAAGAGCAAGCUUCAGAAGGCAUGGGAUGGAAGCAAAGUCAUUUACAAUGUUGCUUCUUGGGGUGCAACUGCUAUUGGGAUAUACCAGAAUCCAGCAAUAAUCAGGGCAGCAUCUGUAGCCUUCUGGUCCUCUUGUCGCGUUAUAUCAAAGUUGUUUUGAUGACUCUACCUGAAUGAUGUGCCAUUGGAAGAACAUAAAAGAGUAGGCUUUUUUGUGGGCAUCAAACAAGCUAAAAAUUCUUAAUACUGUGUAAUUAGUGACGUGAAAGAAGAUCUCCUCCUGCAAGAAGGGAGGCCAUUUCUCCAGAUUUAUGACAUUGUAAAUAUGGAUAUAAACUAGUUAGUUGUCUAUUCACAUUGCAGCUCAAUGUACAUAUUUCCCUUGAUUGAUCAUCAAGAUUAGCAACUUGCA